AUGGCGCCUACCAGGUCCCAAGGCGCUUCCAGAAAGCUGGAAUUAAUCAGUGUCGGCAACAGGAUUGUUCACUUCAAGGUUUCCAAUAUAAAACGAUGCUUCAGUGUCCACGAAGGUACUCAAACUCCAUCACGCCAGAAUAUCAGCCUCAAGCUGAUCAGCUCCUACAAUUUAGAUCGCAUAUGCAAGACCUCAAGAUGCUUCAGAGACCGUCUCCAAAAAUAUUGCAAACCCACGUCCCCAACUGACCAAUGUUGCAUCUGCACCGAUACCCUCGAUCCCGUCGUCAAAGACAUCUCCUUCUGCACCGAAUGCGGCGAAAAUUUCCAUGAAUCAUGUAUGGAGACCUGGAAGAACUAUAGAAGAACCGCUAGGAGAAAGAAUUCACCAGCAAACUGUCCAAUGUGCCGCGUCAGCUGGAAGACAGACUCACCCCUCUCCAAUCUGGACGCAGAGACUAAAAUCGAUGCCGAGGUUGUGCAGAUUUACAUGGACUGGGUAUACGCAUCUACAUUUGAAAUUCCGGCAGUGAUCUUAAAGAGAACCGAUCUUUUCAAUCUCAUCUUGCUCAAACUGUGGGCCGUUGCCAACGCCUUCAAAGACGCUCUAUUCAAAUUGGAGGUUACACAUGCAGUUUUCGACAAGUCGAACGCACUGUUUGGCAUGGAAAGCGUAGACUAG